CCAGUUGAUCAGCAGAUCCAGCCUCUGGGAGUAUCGAGGAAGGACAUAUUUGGAUUGUUGCGACUGUAGUGAAUCUUCUACUUGAGAAAGAAUGGUCAUAUUUGGGGUGCAAGAAAUGCUCGAAGAAGGUUGACAAAAUUGGAAGUAAAUUUCACUGCAAGAAAUGUGAUCGCCUUGAUAGUUCUGUCACUCAUAGGUACAAGUUUCGAGUACAAGUAAUGGAUCACACUGGCUUUAUAUCUUUGUUGCUUUGGGAUCGUGAAGCAACAAGUCUCAUUGGGAAGUCUGCUAAUGAGUUAAAUGAAAUUUCAAUUGAGACUUCUGCUGUUGCUGAUGAGUGUUCUUAUCCAGUGGAGUUGUAUGAUAUUCUUGACAAAAAAGUCCUGUUUAAAGUGACUGUCAAGAGCUCCAUCAUUAAAGUGCAUGCGGAAGUUUAUAAUGUUGUUAAAAUCAGCGAGGACGAUAACCUUAUACAACAAUAUAGUCAACCUGCACAAGAUGAUACAUUCACUGACCCUGAUUUUGAGUGUGAACAAUACACUAAUGCAGACACAACUUUCAAGGAUUCAAUGGCUAAAAAUGAGAUGACUUCUCAUGCAAAGACUCCUGCCAAAAGAAGUAGAGAAGAGGAUGUGUCAUCUGUAGUAGAUGUUGGUGAUGAUCUUGCACAAUUUUCAAGUAACAAGCUUAAAAAAGUGAUCAAACAGGAGAAAAAUCCGUGAAUUGAAACAUUUACUUCCUUUUAAAUGACAUUAUUCGUACAAUUUCAUUAGCAAGUACUUUGGUACAGUUUGAAGUA